GAGAGAGAGAGUUGAACCCAAAGCCCAUGUCUUCCAAGAAUCAACGCGGAGAGAGAGAGUGAGUGAGUUGAAGGCAAAGUUUUAAAAGUGUCCGCAACAGCGCAUGCCAGCAGAGCCGUUCACGAAACGCCAAAGAGGCAAAGUGCAUUGUCGGUUAAGUAAGUCGAGGCUGAUAAAUUAGAAAAAGAAGUAGAAACAUGAAUCUUGAAUUCACAUUGAUUGACAGUCGAAUUCUGAAUUCAGGUUUUGAAGAUCCACGUCUUUUUAUUGCAUUCUAAGGUGCAUUUUUACUGUUCUAUUUAGCUAUUCAUCAUAUAUUCUGUUACAUGUGUUCUCUAUGUUGAUGCGCUGUUUAAUUCAUGUAUUCUUGCUGUUGAUGUGAUCGUGAGUCAUAUUCAUUGUUUGAUUUGUCAUUAUUCCCUUUAUAAUUCCUAUUUUGAUUUCUUCCUUUCCUUCUUUUUCUUCAUGUUAUUAUUGAUUCAGGUGAUUAUCCUUCUUGAAAUUCAGACGUAUUUAUAAAGUUGUAUUUUUUGAGUUAUUAGAGAAACUUUGGCAUCCAAUUGUCAAUGAAGCAGCUUUUGUGAUCUGCAAGCCGCUGUUAGUGGGCAAAUCCUAUGAAAACAAGAUUACCAGUCAAUUAGUUGUAAUUGAUCGAAUCCUUUCAAGACCUUUCCUGUUAAUUUGUAGUAUUUCUUGGUUUCUUUCAUCAUCUGCUAGAAAUUGGCAGAAAACCAUUGUUGAUUUCUUCCUUCAAUUGUAUACUUGGAUCUAUAUCCCCCCCUCAGUUUCUGCUUCAUCUUUUUCUUUUCUUUCCUCCCACAUGUGCUAAUGAAUUAGAGGUUAGAUAUUUAUUUUAAAAUUAGCUUGAUAAUCCUUUACUAUAAAGAUGGGAACAAUUGGAGAUCAGGUAUUUUCUAGAUCAGUGUGUAUUUUCUAAAUCGCUGAAACAGCCGUGAACUACGUUCCGAACGCCGCGUACCCAAACGCGGUACGAAAGCGUUCCAAACGCUAUUCGGAUCGCUAUGUAAAACGCUGGUGCAGGCGUUUACGAUCUCUUCCCGAAUCGUUCCCCAUCGCUAACCAGUUCGUUCCCCAUCGCUAACCGGAGUCGAUCCGCAGCCCUACCAGUUCGGUCGCAAUUUCAAACAAAACUGAAUCGUCGUAGUACUACUUUGAGACGCCCAGGUAAUAAUUUCUGUACUCCUCGUUUCAGAUGCCUGUAGUAAUAGGCGUAUUAAAAUUUUGCAGCCCUUCGUUUUCUGGCCCUUCGUUUCGAACCAGCGUUCCAGACUUCCAGCCCUUUGUUUUCUGGCCCCAAUUAUUCCUACUCAUCAAUUUUACAUUUUAAUUAACUCUUAUAAAUUGAGGGAAGAUGUCUUUGUAGUACUGUUUUUUUAUUUUGCUUGAAAUGUUUCUGGGAUAUUAAUGUUUUUUCUUUUGUUUAAUGUUAUGAAAUCAUGUUAUGAAAUCUGUUUUUGUUCAAUGUUGAAAUCUGUAUUCUAUAAUUCAGAUUUAUAUUUUUAUUAUAGUACCGAAAUAUUAGGUACAGUGUACCGAACAUAUGAUACAUCGUACCGAACGUGUACCGAAAUGAACCUACCCCCUCCGAAUCGGAUACGCUAGAUCUAGCGAACCGCGUUCCCGUUCCUCGUUUCCGUAUCGAACCGUACUGCGAACCAUGUGACUACUUUGACACUUUGGAAUAUUUGAUGUAUUGAUGCGUUUUUACUUCAAUAUACUACCUAGAUUUAUGUCCUUUAGCUUGGAAUUUUGGGAACUUUUCAAUAUAUUUCUACAUUUCCUUUAUUGCAGGCAUGCAGCUCAUUUUUGGUGAUCUGGCACAAGACUAGAUUGAUGUGCAAUGCAUAGAUUUUGUAAGGAUCUUCAGCCAAGGUCUUUGGAGAAAGCAUUCUGUGGAAAAUAUACUUCAUCAAGGAUCUCUCUUCUGACUCUUCUGGCUCUUCUACUGUGGGUACUUGUCUUCGUUUUAAAUUUGUGCAUUAGCCAUGGAGACAUGGACAAAGAUCCAGGAUCUGGGGAGCAUCAGUUUGGUAGUACUCAAUCUGCAGGCAAAGAUAAACUUGUGUAUGGAAGAGGAAGCCAUUCUGCUUCAUCUGCAGAUGAAAACCCCUCAGAGGGGAUCCUUGAUUCUGAAGAGUUGAUCAGUGUAUCGUUUGAACAAACCGAUGACACCCCCAGUGAACAAACCGAUGACACCCCCAGUGAAUCAGAGAAGAACACAAAGUCAGACAAGGGAAAAUCAGAAGUAAUAACUAAUCUAGAAAAGGAAUUCAAGUCUGAUAGGUUUUCUCAGUCAGUCACUCUGAGUCUUGAUGAGUUCCGAAACAAAGCAGUCAAUACAAAAAUACGAGAUCUAAAUGAUCAGACCGGAAGUGUCACACAUAGGGUGGAACCGGGAGGAGCAGAGUACAACUAUGCUUCUGCUUCCAAAGGGGCUAAGGUCUUAGCUCACAACAAGGAAGUCAAAGGUGCUUCUAAUAUCUUGAGCAGAGAUAAGGACAAGUAUCUUAGAAACCCUUGUUCUGUUGAGGAUAAGUAUGUUGUGAUAGAACUAUCAGAAGAAACUUUAGUAGAUACGAUUGAGAUCGGCAAUUUCGAACACUACUCUUCCAAUCCAAAGGAUUUCGAACUUCUUGGUAGUCCUAUUUAUCCAACUGAUGCUUGGGUCAGUCUCGGCAAUUUUACUGCUGGGAAUGUCAAACAUGCUCAAAGGUUUGUACUUGCAGAACCAAAAUGGGUGAGAUAUGUGAGACUGAAUCUUCUUAAUCAUUACGGAUCAGAGUUCUACUGUACGUUAAGUGUCCUGGAAGUGUAUGGAGUUGAUGCUGUGGAGAAGAUGCUGGAUGAUCUUAUCUCUGUUCCAGAGAAGAAGUUUGUUUCUGAUCAAACAAACAAUGAGCAGAAACCUAUGCUUGAAGACAGUCAUUUAGAAAUUGACACUGAACUUGAAAACAACUCUGAUACCGUCAAGCCUAUGGCGAUUACGGCGGUAAAUGUGCCUGAUCCUGUUGAGGAGAUUCGCCAUCCACAACUAAACAGGAUGCCUGGCGAUAGUGUUCUGAAAAUCCUAAUGAAGAAAAUUCAAUCUCUUGAUAUAAACUUAUCUGUCCUUGAGCGGUAUCUAGAAGAACUGAAUUCUAGAUAUGGAAAGACUGUUGCCAUAUUUGACAAAGAUAUAUUAGAGAAAGAAGCCCUCCUCGAGAAGAUCAUUUCAGACAUAAAGAGUUUUUCCAAGAGCCAGGAUGCUGUGAGUAAGGAGGUGAAUGAUCUGUUGUCAUGGAAGUCCCUUGUUUCCAUUCAGCUGGAAAAGAUAAUGAUGGACAAUACUAAUCUCAGGUUUGGGGCUUCCUUCUCUUAUUAUUAUAUUGCUAAUAGUCUGAAUAUGCCAGGUUGAAGGUUUGGGGCUAAUCUGAGUAACCCACCCUUCUUACUUAAUGUGCGUGCUAAAAAUGCCAGGUUGAAGGUGGAAGAGGUUCACCAGAGACAAGUGUAUAUGGAAAGUAAAGGAAUUUUUAUUUUUCUAGUUUGUUUAAUGUUUGGGUCCAUAGCAGUUUUGAGGAUCAUUAUAGAUUUUAUUUUGAGCAUUUAUAGACCUGAGAGCUCCAGGAAUAUUUUUGAUAAAGACCAUUCCUGGAUUUUUUUGUUAUUCAGCUGUACCAUCACUAUUCUCAUCCUAUCCUUGUAGAUUAUAAUUUUAUUAAUUAUUUCUUUUAGCGUUCGUGUUAUGAAGAUUUUCAUUAAAAGAA